ACGAGUGAGAAAGAAAGACCUGUCUCUCUCACUGUGAAAACUGCAGCCCGGAAGGCACCCACAACACAGCCUUUCGAAUAUUCUUGCACAAGUCCACCCGCAGAGGUUCCACGCAAACAGACGUCGCUCACAGGCCUCUGGGAACAUGGCAAAACCGUCGCCGCUUCAGCCGGAGACGGGAACCCUCUCGCUUUCACCCCCAUCUCCGAGGGGAAAGAAGCGACCGCGAGGAUGGGGGAAACAACCCGCCGGCAUCGAAACCGGAAGCGAGCUGGCCUCCGGGAAGCAGGAGAAGCAGCAUCGACACCCCGAACGACAACAAAUACAGCACCAACAAAAGCAGCAGCGGCCAAACCUGCGUGCGCAAAGAAUCAUCGUGCUCGGUGCGGGAAUCUCGGGCCUGGCGUGCGCCCGGGAGCUGAAGCAGAGGGGAUACGAGGUCUUGGUGGUGGAAGCGAGGUCCAGGGUCGGUGGCCGGCUAAAGGGCGAAGUUUUGGAGCUCGGAGCGGACUAUCCAGUCACGCUGCCGGAGCUGUCGGCAACGAGAACAAAGACGAAAAGAAAAAGGAAAACAGAAGGAUCAUCUGCGUCAAAAGCAAGAACGAAGCAGAGAAAAACGACGGGGGAUGGCAACGAUAGCAGAGACAGCAACAAAGAAAACCACACAGCAACGACACGGAAGCACCCAAUCGACGUGGGUGGCGCACUUAUCCACGGAAUCGAGAACAAUCCGAUCCACCAGAUCACGUCCCAGAUGGGGGUUCCUAUUCAUUCCGUUUCUGAGUACUGUCUGCUCACGGACGAAAACGGAUGGCCCUUCGAUCCAAAGACGGACGAACGGACGAGCAACUUUUUCAACGACUGCCUCGACGUUACCUUUGCGAGGGCCAAACUACAACGUGACAGUGGGGAAAGCUUCGGAAGCCUCUUCGAAAGGGUUUGCCGCGAGAAGACCGGGACGGUGGCUUAUGGCUCGAAACAGAAACAGAAACAGAAACAAAAACAAAAGAACAGCAACUGGGAAACCCCUCUGCUUAAGUGGCACCGGUCCAACCUCGAGCUCCCCAGUGGAGCCAGUUUUUACGACCUAGGAACCACAUGGAACGAGGACGAGCCCUAUGGUUUUGACGGGGUUCACGCAGCGGUAGAGCCGAGCUGGAACCUGGUCACGGACCAUCUUUCGGAGGGUCUGAGCAUCCUAAGAUGCUCCCCCGUGACCGACGUGCGGAUCGUCCUACCGAAUGGGACGACGCCGCUGAAACUUGCGGAACCCACGAAACCACCGGCUCUGGUGGGAGAGAGCCAGAGCAGGAAUGGCGAACGCACAAAGAAUCUGUCCAAACCCGAAAGCAGCGAGGCAACCACACUAUCGACAUCAAAAGCUACAGAAGAAGAAAAAAACGAACUGCCCGAGCAGACGAAAAGCAAAUCACAACAGCAGAAGAAGCACGAAACACGGCAACGACCCCCACAAAAGCCACAACGUCAAGUCCAUAAACGGAACCCAAAGCGAUCAACGAAUUUCCUUGAUUCCACUGUUCCUGCGAGGCGCCUUUCGCGGCGCCAGCGCAAUGUCGAUGCCAACGUGAGGCGAUCGGCACGGGCUACCAAGGGAAUCAUAACCCGAUUGGAAUUCGAUCACGGCUGGGACGAAAGCCAGGCCCGCAAAAAACAAAAGAAGAGGAGCAGCAACAACGAUGCCGGGGACCAUGGCAAAGUCAAGCGCAAAGCAGCAAUACUCACAGAGGCAGAGAAUGACAAGCAAAGAAUACCAAAUGGUGAGGCAAAAGCAGCCGAGGAGAAAGUAGUCAAGUACGAUCCCUCGUCGACGGUUCAGGUGACACUACGGGAUGGGACCGUUCUCGAGGCGGACGCCGUUGUUUGCACCCUGCCGCUGGGAGUUCUCAAGCUUCCACCGAGUGAUCCGUGUCACGUUCGAUUCGUUCCCCCGUUGAGCCCCACCAAGACGAAGGCCAUCCAGAAUCUGGGCUGCGGCCUCCUCAACAAGUGCGCCAUCUCCUUUCCCUCCGUCUUUUGGCAGGACUCGGACUUUUUGGGACAGGCUCGAUCGGAGUAUUCCUACCUGGUCCUGAACGCCGCGAACUACACACAGAAACCCGUUCUGAUUUUUAUGUACGGGGGGGACUUUGCCAGGGUUGUGGAAGACUGGACCGAUCGCCAAAUCGUCGAGGACUGUCUGGAGGUCCUCAAAAAGAUGUGCGUGGGAAGCAGAGCGGAGAGACAGAUCCCACCCCCUGUCGAUUACUGCGUCACGCGGUGGGGCAAGGAGGAAUACUCCCGGAUGGCCUUUACCUGUGUCCCCCCGGGGGUAGACGGGGCGGCCUCCCUAGCAGCCAUUUCCGAGCCGAUCCCCGAUCCCGUGUUGCCACAAAAACCCCUGGUCCUCUUUGCCGGGGAGCACUCCACACCUUACCACCCAUCGACUAUGCACGGGGCUUUUCUCAGCGGGAUCCGGGAAGCCUACCGGUUCGAUCUGUACAUGGAACCGGUGCUGAACAACCAUUUGGGCUUUGACGAGAAGAUCCACGUAUACAAGCACACCUUUGCCACCCGGCGGGUCUACAAGAAGAAACGCAGUGCGAGUGGAAAUCGCGACAAGGCCGCCGAAGCAACUACGAGUGCGGAAAGCGCAGAACCGAACCACAACGGCGGGCAUUCGCAUUCGCGGCGCCGUGGAUUCAGUGGCAUGACCCUCCGGAGCCGCUUGUCUGGUCCCUCCGUUUUGGGGCCCACUCCAGAAGCAGCAGCGUCCAGAACCACCACCAGCCCGCCCAAAAAGACACGGAGGUCGACUUCAGUUGGACUUUCUUCUCCUACGGCUUCCGGCACCCGCCGGAGCCAGCGGUCUCUAGCCUCGACCCCGGCCCUAUUCCGAGAGACGGAGACGAACCACAAAAACGGAACCACCAAUGGAAAGUCUAACGAUAAAGCCGCCAGUGAGCAGGAGAAUCGCACCCUGCUCCGUGCUCUCGAGAGCUACGGGAGCGGAAGCUUUUGCGAGUCGCUACUGAGCUCCCACAUCCUUCCGGUCUACAGCUCAAAGAAGAACCAGCGACGCCGAAGCAGUAGCAGCAGCGCCAAGAAGAUCAAGGCCGCGUGGAAACGACUCGCUGCGGUGCGAGGGGACUCUACCGGGACGGAUGAUGCCGGAAAUGCCACCAACGACCAAUUGUUGCAAUCCUGGAAGGCGCAGCACAUAGUUAGGGACAACUCUUACACCGAUUUCGCUAGGAUCGCGAUGGGGGCCGCUGCCGAAGCGGCCGUUUCCUCCGCUGGGAAUGCCCUUGGCCCCUUGUCAAACGCUGCCGCGAGCACCAACAAGGCCGGGGGUCCCCGCAGAUCCCAGCGCGGCAGUGCCAAGCGCAGGGAAUUCAGCUAUUAGCAUAGGGAAAGAUAGAUGGAUUACCAGCUAGAUUCCAAUGCACGAAAAAGAAAUCCAUAAAGUUCGAAGAAAAAAAAGCAUUGGUUUUAACAACGCCACGGGUCUUAAGUACUAACUACAUGCCUCUAUGCAAUAAUGGGCCGGGCCAUGGCACCUGUUCUUCUUGGUCUGGUUCUGUAUAACAUCCCUCGUCGUUACCUAUUUAUUUGGAUGCUGCUAAUCGAAUACUCUUCUUUGAAUGAACUGGACCCAUGAAAGUUUCUUCUCCUUUCUCAAAAGAACAAACACAGCCCUAUACGAACAACUACUAUUGCCAUUGCCAAUUAGUAACGAAUGAAUCGAGGAGGCGAUGUUUUGGUCAACUUGUUUCUCCAAGUGCGUCGGCCCUUGCUGUUUCAAAAGCAUUAGCAUACUGUAAGCCAUGGAGCUUUCCCUUGUCGAUCUGGAUCGAUUUUGCUGCAAUGGGUUGUGUUCUGCUCUGAUAGGUUCUGUUCCGUUUUCUUGAUCAAUCAUUGAACUCAGCCGGGUCGCCGGAACCUCAGAUUCACCACCCGCGGGCACUUUUCCGCUAUGAAUCCGAGCACCUCCGCCAGGUCCACCGACACGGUCGACGCGUUCUGCACCGCCACCAGUACGUCCCCGGUUCGAACGCCGGCACGCCCCGCGGCUCCCCCCGGAUCCACCUCGGUCACGACGAUUUGGUCGUCCUCGUCGCCGCCGCCCUGCUCUAGCACGAUCCCAAAGGGUUUUUGCACCGAUACCAGGAUUUGCUCGCCGUCUUCGAAGGAAAAACCGGUGCCGACCAUGUGGAGGCGGGUGGGUGGGUUGUGAAUCACGCCAGCUUCGGGCGGCCCGCCUGCCAAUGUCGGGGUGGGGGCGGAUCGAUAGCGACGUCCCAGCCUUGUCACCGCCGUCCAUGCAUCGCAGACAAACGGCGAGGGAGUCCCGAGCGCGAGAAGCAAGGGAAGAACCAAGCCGAAAAACGUGGAAUUCAUUGCUGUCACGGAUUGGAUCUAGACCGAAGUAAAUACGAGUGCUGUCGAAAGUUCCAGAUGAAGCGGGGGGAGAUUGCACGACAAUGAAUCGUUCACGAGGGUGCUCACGGCAUCGCAAGCAGACGGAAGAUGAAUGAAACAGCGAGAUGGAAUGUCGUGAUCGGUAACGUACCCUACACUGAACUAGAGUCCUAAAGUGCAGUUCGUACUCGUACCUACCGUAUUACGUACGAUACGAUACGUAAUGUAUGAUGAUGAGAGAUGCGUCUAGCAUCUAGCGUUUAGCGUGUGAAAUACUACUAGUUUUAUUUCGAUAGCUGCGUACGUUCGUACGUACAAACGCAAUGCCAGUAGGGUACCGUACGUAUGGGUGAUCGUACAGAACCUUAAUGGGAGCACGACUAAUGCCGUAGGCCGUACGAAGGUACUUGUACUGGGUACCGGUUGUACUCCAGGAUACGGUACCUAGUACCUACAUACUACUUAAUAAUCAUAUUCUUUGUAU